AUGGACCCAAGCGAUGUGUCCCUGAAUGCCCUGCUCGACCACCGGCAUCUCCUGCAAAUGCCAAAACACCGGGAAGAUGCCUAUUUUGUGGAUUACAUCCCCCCAGCGAGAGAUAGCAUUUCUCUGCCCCCCAACAUAGUUUAUAUUGUAGUGGGAGUGGUCUUGGUCAUAGUGGCCACAUACGCCAUAGUGGGGCAUCUCAUAAAAGAUUUGAUGCAUGACUUAGCAGACUGGCUCUUUGGUCCCAAACUGGUGGAGGAUGACAUAGAGAUGGGACAGCUAGAAGAGGAGCGUCACAUGAGCGUGUGCAGUAAGGCGACCAACCACAGCUCAGUGUGGAUGGGGAGUAAAAUGAAUGGAGUCUUGCCAGGCUUUUGCUAUGAAGAUGGUGGUCUACAACGUCCCCCCACUCCUGGACUGCCCUUAAAGAGCGCCAUGGCUUCAUACCCUCCAUCCAAACGCGCCUCCGCCCACAGUGUGUCAUUUGCAGUCCCUUCGAGUCCCUUUGUGACCUCUCUCUGA